CGGAACGAAAAGCAGAUUUGGAUCAAGCAUGCGCAACUUUCACAAUUUUCCUCCCACUAGAUUUCCUCGUCAUGAUGCCUCCAAUUUCGAGCAGUUUCUCUGCCUGGCGUUGGCUAUGGAGAUUGGCAAUAGUGUACACGGCGAUGAGCUGCGUGCAAUCGUGCGGGGCUCUGCCUCUCGACAGUACCUUCUGUCGACAUGUUGUUUUCCCCCUGGGAUACUCCUGCGUUGAAUAUAAGGUGACAACAGAUGAUGGCUUCAAGUUGGUACUACAUCGCAUCAGCACAUGGUACGUUACCACGAGGACCGUCAACACGAUCACGAAUUUACCCAUGGAGGUUACUCCACCACCAGACACCGAAGGGGACAUUCCUUUUCAGGGGACUUCUAGAACUUCCCCCAUGGAGAUCAGCAUCCGUGAGCCUAGACAAGUUUCUUCAACAGACACCGCUGAACAGCCAUUCGAAAGAUGUACUGUUGGCGAUUCUAAGGGCUGCCAAGGCAACAACCUCACCUCACCUCGAGAACCAAAACCAUCGAGUCCAGGACAUUUACCAACAAAUCAAACAGCCUCUCGAGAUCUAAUCCCGAGUGCAGUCUCAGUUGAUGCUCCUGCUUCGUUAGGUCCCCGUUCGAGGUUUCCCCCGUCGAUUUCUGCAACAUUAGACGUUUCACCAUUUCCAUCACCUCCUGCCACAAUACCAUCGGCCAAAGGAGCACCGGAGUCCAGAGGUGAGUGGCCGACUGCUUGGCCCCCAUCAUAUGCACCAGCAGCUAGCUAUCUGUCUCCUCUGCCCUCAGAUAUCUCCCCAUCGGGUUUCACCACUGAAGCUUUCGACAUCAGUCCUGCAAAUUCACCGACCCCAUGGAGUUAUGAAAGUGGUCCGCGGGAACAGAUCCCGGUACCAUUUCAGGAGCCCGGAGGCGUGAUUUCUCCUCCUGAAGCCCAGCAUGGAUUCGUUCCUGAUGAACCUGUGGACAAUCCCAGCACAGCAGCAGGGCAGCAGCAGAAGCCGCGAAGAGGAGUCCCUGUGCUGCUCAUGCAUCCGGAGUUUCUGAAUGGUGACAGCUGGUUCACGCCAAAUCACUCUCCUGGGGAUCGCUUCUUACCUCUGAUGAUGGUCGAUGCUGGGUACGAUGUUUGGGUCGGACACCACCGUGCCACCAUCUGGGGCCACCAGCACGUCACGUUCCAGCCCAAUCAGCCCGAGUACUGGAACUGGACAUGGGAUGAUAGAGCUGAGUACGAUCUUCCAGCCGCUCUGAACUUGAUCAACAGCGAGACUGAGUCGAAAGUGCACUACAUCGGCGUUUCUGAGAGUGCGACAGUCGGAGCGGCUGCAGCAACCAGAUCGACAGUAUCGCAGAUGUUGAGGUCUCUUACUUUGUUGGGGCCCACGGUAUAUCGAGGCAACACGAACUCGUUGGUUCUCGAUGCAUGGGCUUACCUUUUCGGCAACGGGAUUGAUCAGACAUACUUCCUCGAAGGAUUUCAGCACGGAGCAUUCAAUUAUUCAGCAGAGUUUCCCGUGAGCACGAUAUACGGUCAAGGUCCGAUGGCCGUCGUCUUGGAUACGAUUUCUGGACCCAACUGCUGUCUGGGAGCCACCGUCAUCAGAUUCGAUAAUGGGUGGGAUGGAACAACGUCAUUCAAGAAUCUCCUCCAUUAUCAACAGGGAGUGAGGUCCAACACAUGGCAGCACUACGAUUACGGAGUUGAGUGGCGCAACGCGAUGGCUUACGACGGAAGACCGUUUCCUCCAGCGUACAAUCCAGGCGACAUUCCUGCAACUCUUCCUGUGUUCGUGGUGCUCGGCGAGCGGGAUGCGUGUGCGCCGGCAGCCGGCGUGCGCCUCUUCCUGUCGCUUCUCAAAGGCCAUCCGACCUCGCUCUCUCUUCCUAAUUACGCUCACUACGAUCUUACGUACAGCGUCAAUCGCACUCAAGACAUCUUCAACCCGAUUCUAGAUUUUCUGAGCAGUUCGGACGAUAUAUACUAAUCCGUAUCUCUUGCUGUCGAAACACAACUCGAGACAAGAGGGAACAUCUAAAUCACUUCAUAGACCACAGAUUAGGCACAAACAUUUCAGUGUAUUGAUACUUGGCUUCAGAGUAAUAUAUAAAUAUCUG